ACCAAGUCCAUCCUAGAGUCCUAGGUUUAACAAAACAAAAUCUGCCAAAAGGAAUCCUUCCUCUUAAACCCCUUGUUCUCGUAUCGAAUAAGUGAAGAACAGUGAGAAAUUUGAGAAGCAUAAAGGUGAAGAAUCAAGAGAAAAGCUCAUGGAUUCUAACGGGAACAAAAGAGGAAGCAAAAGAAAAGCAGGGAGACCCAAAAAUAAGAUGAAAAGAAUUGACGAUUUGGGUAAAAAAAGCGAGGAGAUUGUGAGAGAUAGUGUUCAACCUGUGGAUCAAAGGACUGUUCUUGAUUUGGAUGCCAUUGUUAGAGAUUAUAUCAGCAGAACUAGUGAAUUUUGCAAAGAUGGUCAAGAAAUUUGUAUUGUCAGUAGUAGUGAUGAUGAUGAAGAAAAUCAGAAUCGUGCAAAUAAAAUCAAGGGCAAGGAGAUCAUUGCUGGUAGUAGUGGUAAAGAUGAUGCUAAUGAUGAUCGGAAUCAUAAAAGUAAAAAUAAGGACAAUGAGAUUGUUAUUAGUGAUGAUAAUGAUGAUGGUGGUGCUGAGGAUGAUGAUCAGAAGAUUGAAGAUGAACAUGAUGUGGAUACGGAGGCUACGGCCCCCCAAUGUGAAGAGCACGAGAGAUAUUUUCCGAAGGAAGCUCCGUCUUCACCAAAGCGACGCAAGAAUAGUGCAAUGGGAAAAGAUGAUGAAAAAAUUCAGAAGAUAGGGAGUAGGGGUCCAAACAAUAAGGAAAAAGGGAAAGAUGGCCUGACAAGUCGAGUUUGUAAGUCUGCUGGUUCUAAGCGAAAGGGAGCCGUAAUGACAGAUGAGAAUGGGAAUCCGUUAUCAACUAUGUGUCACCAGUGCCAGAGGAAUGACAAAGGCAGGGUCGUGGUAUGCAAUAACUGUAUAUGGAAGCGAUAUUGUGUUCCCUGCAUGACCACAUGGUACCCUAAGAUGACUGAAGAUGAUUUUGCCAGGCUCUGUCCUGUUUGUAGAGUCAACUGUAACUGCAAAAGUUGCUUGCGGUUGCCGAAAAAGGACAAGUCAAUGGCUGAUUUAAAGUUUACCAAUGAAGAAAAAAUUCGAUACUCCAAGUAUAUUAUUCCGAUGCUUCUUCCCUCCCUGAAACAACUCAAUGAGGAACAGAUAAGGGAAAAGCAGGUAGAAGCUAAGAUUCAAGGAGUAUCUAUAUCCAAGUUAGAAGUAAAGAAGGCUAAAUGUGGGUUGGAUGAGCGCAUGUAUUGUGACAAUUGUAGAACCUCUGUUGCUGAUUUCCACAGAAGCUGUUCAAGUUGCAAGUAUGAUCUUUGCCUAAUAUGUUGUGAGGAGUUCCGUGAUGGCUGCCUGCAAGAGUCUCCAGAAGAAGUGAUAACGCAAUUUAAAGACCCAGGGUCCCCAUACAUGCAUGGUUUUAGUGAACCAAAGCAUAGAUCAUGCAAAUUGGAUGAAACUGUUGGUGAAGGUUGUCAGCAAAAGUCAACAUUGGGCGAUGAUACUAGUGAAAAGGAUCAUUUAAAGUCAAAAACUGAGUGGAAACCCUGUAUAGAUGGUAGGAUUUCUUGUCCCCCAAAAACUUUGGGUGGUUGCGGUAAAGGCAUAUUAGAAUUGAAGUGUAUUUUCGACAAGGAUUUUGUUUCCAACUUGCUGGUAGCUGCUGAGGAACUAUCAGGCAAACACAAACUCUUCCUUGAAACUCCUGGACAACAGUGCUCCUGUUUUGAUUCAGAGAGUGAAAUUGGCAUCGACAAAAUGAAUUUACUGAAAGCUGCAUCUCGAGAAGGUUCCAGUGACCAUCAUCUGUAUUGUCCAACUGCUGUACAACUUCAGGCCAAUGACUUGAGUCAUUUCCAGUACCAUUGGCUCAAAGGCGAACCUGUAAUUGUCAAGAAUGUGCUUGAGUUAACAUGUGGUUUAAGUUGGGAACCAAUGGUCAUGUGGCGCGCACUUCGUCAGCCUAAAAACCUGACUCGUCCCCAGCUACUGGAUGUGGCUGCCAUUGAUUGCUUAAAAUGGUGCGAGCUGGAUGUUAGUGCACGACUUUUUUUCAAUGGUUAUCAGGAAGGUCAAUUUACUAGUUUCGGGUGGCCCUUAAUUUUGAAGCUGAAGGACUGGCCCCCAUCCAGUUCAUUUGAUGAGCACUUGCCACGUCAUUGUGUUGAGUUUCUCAGUAGUUUGCCCUUCAAGGAAUAUACAAAUCCACGCAGUGGCUACUUAAAUCUUGCUGUCAAGUUACCGGAGAAAUCUUUAAAGCCAGAUCUGGGGCCUAAGACAUACAUAGCUUAUGGAAAUACUCAGGAGCUCGGUCGUGGUGAUUCUGUGACGAAGCUCCAUUGUGACAUGUCUGAUGCGGUAUAUGUUCUGACACAUGUUCAAGAAGUAACUCCGACAUCUGAUCAAAGGGCCAAUAUAGAGAAGUUAAAACAAUUGCAAUAUGCCCAGGAUGAAAUGGAAUUUCACGGGACAGUGGUGAAGUCAGAGGGCCUGGGAUCUAAACAACAAGAUGACAACGAGGAAAAGAUCAAAGAAUCGGAAGAAAAUCCGAGGAAUAUGGUUUCUUCGUCUUUGGAGAACAAUAUAGAGGGAAUUGAUCACCCAGAGGGUGGUGCUCUAUGGGACAUCUUCAGGAGGCAAGAUUCUCUGAAACUGGAAGAAUAUUUAAGAAAAUAUUACAAAGAAUUCAGGCACAUAUAUUGCCUUCCUUUAGACAAGGUGGUUCACCCCAUCCAUGACCAGACGUGUUACUUGAGCAUGGAGCAUAAAAGAAGGCUGAAGAAGGAAUAUGGAAUAGAACCAUGGACAUUUGUCCAAAAACUAGGAGAUGCAGUAUUAAUACCAGCUGGAUGUCCUUAUCAAGUUAGAAAUUUAAAGUCAUGCAUUAAGGUUUCAGUGGAAUUCGUCUCACCUGAAAAUGUUAGUGAGUGCAUUCGAUUCGCCAAAGAAAUUCGUCUGCUCCCUCGAAAUCACAGUGCCAAAGAUGACAAGUUGGAGAUCAAGAAAAUGAUUAUCUUUGCUAUCCGACAAGCAGUGAUGGACUUGCAGACCUUACAUUUGUGAGAUAGUGUAUUGAGUAUGUUGAAGCUGUGUGUUCAAAAGCGAUGAACACUUGAUUAAUAAAGAUUUUGACAUACAUAUUCCAA